AAGUUCUUUCUUGUAAACCGUACGCAACGCGUUAAUUUUUUUUACGACAGUGUUCCUAUCUGCCGACGGAUCAAACUCCUUGAACUUUUUAACUAGCUCAAUAUAAGCUAAGUCUUUUUUGUUCCUGUCGGAGUAUUCUUUGCUCUCAACGAGCCACAAACAGGUAAAACUUCUAUAAAGUUCUAUAAAAUCAAUUAAGAACUCACGAGGUGUUUGUUUACUUGCAUUUUCUGCCAUGAUUACCUACAACACUCACGAAACAACCCUACAAUACAAACACCUCAGCGCAAAAACAGAAUGGACACUGAGUGAAAUCGUAGCGAUGAAUUGGUGCAACUGUUUACACGUUCCACAUGUCGUUACGAUUCCCAGAAAUUGAUGCCGGCCGGCAUCAACCAUCCACUCCAACUCCAAUCCCAAUAAAUCGCUACAAUCUCCCGUUUACACACAACGAUAAAUUGUAACAAUCUGAUCGUUACGAUAAAUUGCUACAACGUAUCGUUGCGUGUAAAGCCCCCUUUAGGGGGAAUUUUAACUAUGCCGAAGUAAAAAUCGGCCCUUCUGCACUCCCUCACAGCGCUUUCAUGAUGAACGAAGUUAGCUUUACCACAACAGCGACAAUAUGCUCCAAUCGCUAUUCAAUUAUAUUUGAGUGGAUUUCCGAGCGGCGCUCGCUUAUAUACCGAUUGGUGAUUUCUAUAGCCUGUUUUGAAAGCAAUUUUAGGGCUAUUGAAACAAGUUUUUGGAUCAAAAGGUAACAAGUAUAUAACGCGUAGACAUUUUAUCUAUCGAAUGAAGUGUUUAUCAUACCAUUUCGUUCAGUUGUUUAGGAGCUAUUAACGCUCAAAAUCUCGGUCUCCGGCGUAACGCUUUCGUUUUCGAAACAUUGAUUUUACACCCCGGUAUAGAAAUGAAAGACGUAGUCCUACGUCAAAAGGUUACUGUAAUACAACAGACACGAGAAGUAUCGAAGGUUUUUAAAGCGUAUGGCGGUCAGGAAUUGCCGGUGCUGGGUGCAUUUACGACUACAAUCAAGCUCGGUAAUGAGAGUAGAUCAGCCGAAUUUUAUGUGAUCAAGGGAAGCGGCAAAAUACUAAUUGGUCGUGACACAGCUACAUCAAUGGGCGUUUUGAAAAUCAGUACGACAGUGAAUAAGGUUGAUGCAGAGGAGUCAACUAUGCGUUUAGCAACUAUCAAGGAUAUAAUCGUCGAUAUUCCAAUCAAAGCUAAUGUUGUACCGGUGAUCCAGCCGUAUCGACGCAUUCCAGUAGCUUUGGAGAAGCUUGUCGAUAUGAAGAUCGAUGAAUUACAAGCUCAAGGUGUCAUCGAGAAAGUCAAUGAACCAUCGAAAUGGGUGUCUCCGGUUGUCGUCGUGCUCAAAGGUGACGAUGUACGUAUUUGCGUAGAUAUGCGACGGGCAAACGAGGCGGUUGAUAGGGAGAACUAUCCGCUCCCAACGAUCGAGGAUUUCCUCCCAUGUCUCGCCAAAGCGAAGGUUUUUUCAAGAUUAGACUUAAAGAACGCCUUUCAUCAGGUCGAAAUAUCCCAGCAUUCUCGAGCAAUAACAACAUUUAUCACACGUAGAGGUUUAUAUCGGUAUACUCGUUUGAUGUUUGGCAUCAACUGCGCUCCGGAGUUGUUCCAGAAUGUUGGGAACAUGGACAUCCCUAACAACCGGUAUCAACAUCAACACUGCUGAGCUCACUGGUGGCAGCUAAGCUGUCACCCGUAGAUGCGCGCAACAGCAUAAUAGAGAGUGCAAGU